GUUUUCAUCCAGCAAUUCCGCAUCUUGUGGAACAAGAGAUCCAGACGCGGUCAAAUAAGACUAUCCUCAUCCUCUUAAGGUUCAAAGGCUUCGUGCAUCACAGAAGUACGGCUAAGAUAGCGGGAGCAUCUCCCGCUCGGUCUUGGUGUCUUACACACUCGGUCAAAGGUUUGCAUUGCCUUGAGUGAUCCCGAGCGGAACCAUUUCACACCGAGCGAGGUCAGUUCUGGUGGAACGAGUGAUCAAAACGCAUUUAAGCAAGCGCAUUCUCAUGCGCAUCGACCCAGACGCUUCGUGCAGAACUCGAAUACAGAACAAUGGCUCGACUACUUUAUCAGGCGGCGUGCUGCCUCGCGGCUCUAAGCCCUUUGGCAUGGGCCUGGUCUUCCGUGGAGACAAACCAACCCCAAUUACCAAGUCGCACCAACCUGGACACAGCGCAAGUGCAGGCCGCACUCAGUCCGCUGCUCUGUUCCACAUCCAGCGUGUUUGGGCCUGACAGCCCGCUGUGGCCGAACGCAACGUCACGGUACCAGGCGUACGAACCCCCGAAGAUCAAGGUGGUCGUACGCGUAGGGUGCGAGGAGGAUGUCGCCACCGUUGUUCGAUAUGCCAAUGAGAACGACUUGCCUUUCUUCACGGUCAACCGCGCUCACAGCAUGACAACUACCCCGGGCCAAUUCUACGGUCUGGAGAUUGACAUGCAACUGCUGACUGGAAUCGACAUCAAUCCGGAUGGCGGAUCCGCUCGCUUUCAGGGCGGGACGUUUGCCCAGGAGGUGAUAGACGUGCUGUGGGAACAGGGUUAUGUAGCAACCACCGGAAGCUGCGGCUGCGUCGGAAUGGUCGGUCUCGGUCUGGGCGGGGGCCACGGCCGUCUGCAGGGCCGGCACGGGAUGGUCAGCGACAACUACCUCAGCUUGAACGUGGUUCUUGCGAACGGGACCGCGAUCACAGUGUCCGACACCUCGCACCCAGACCUCUUCUGGGGCAUGAAAGGCGCGGGCCACAACUUCGGCGUGGUCACCAGCUUCGAACUGCGUAUCUUCCCCCGCCAGGAGGAGACCUGGUACUACCGGAACUAUGUCUUUUCGCAGACGCAGCUCGAGCCGUUGUUCGAAGAAUUGAAUCGGCUGCAGGGCAAUGGCACGCAGCCGGUCGACAUCGCGUGGCAAUACACGAUGUAUCAGCUGGACCCUACGGUCAGCGCGACGGAGGCAAUCAUCCUCUGGUCCUUCGCCUACUCAGGCCCCGAAGCCGCGGCGCAGCCCUACCUGGCCCCCUUCGACGCGCUGCACCCUCUCCGCGUCGACGACGGCAACGUCCCGUAUACCGAGAUCCCGAACGCCCAGAAGACCGGCGUGAACGACUCGAUCUGUGCGCACGGCCUCGCGCACAUGGUCUCAACCGCGGGCCUGCAAGUGUACAACGUGACCGCACAGCGGGCGAUCUAUGAUGUUUUCAGCGAGAUGCUGCGCUCCAUUCCCGCGUUCAAUGCCUCCGUCGUGCUCAUGGAGGGCUACUCCCUCCAGGGCGUGUUGGCCGUCGACCCCGCCUCGUCGGCGUAUCCCUUCCGCGACGACUAUCUGCUCAUGUGGGCCGCUGUCACCCACGUACCCGAUGAUGCGUUGGAUGAUAUCGCGAUCGAGUGGGCGGGUCGCAUCCGCGACCUGUGGAAUGAGGGACAGCCCACCCGGCGCCCGACGACGUACGUCAACUAUGCCUUUGGGACGGAGUCGCUGGACUCGAUGUAUGGGUAUGAGCGGUGGCGGUUGGAGAGGCUGCGCGCCUUGAAGCGGGAGUACGAUCCGGACAAUCGGUUCGCGUAUUUCAAUCCGAUUCCUGUUUAGAAGGUCUGCAAUUGGUCUGAAGGUGUACAGUCGUGAUUGAAUGGUAGGGUGCGUGCAUGUCCAGGUGUAACUGUUACAUAACUUGGGGUUGCAUUGUCGGUUUCGUCGCAUGGUACCUUGGUUGAGGACUCCUCCGGGGGCUGAGAGAGGGUCUUUCUGUAUUGUUUGACUGCGACGCCUCGCAGAUCGAACAUGAUCCCUUCCAGGCUGUGCGACAUGGUAUCAUGGGAUGGUAGGGCAAGAACAAUCC